AUGGAUGUCGCUCUGGAGUUUCUCAAUCCUCUUGUUUUGGACAAAGCCUACGCAUGGGCGUUACCUUCUUCCGACUUCAGCUUAGGCAACUCGUCAUAUUCUGAGUUUUCGGCCGCUAGCAACGCGCCUACGUCCCAAUGGCCACGCGACAACAUCUAUCGUCAAAUCGUCUCUCUAUCGUAUUAUUUUGUAUUUGAUCGACGACUCGAGUACCAUCCUCGCUUCUUGAAGAACCAAGUCCGUCAAGAGAUCAAGUCAUCGCUCUCAGCCGUCCCGUUUAUCAACCUUUUGACCCUGCCUAUCUUCCUGGCCGAGGUUCGUGGUAAAAGCUUGCUCUACCCCAACACAAGCGACUAUGGCUGGACAUGGCUGGUGAUCUCAGCCACCCUCUACAUGGCUUUCAAUGAUUUUGCUAUUUACUGGAUCCAUCGCCUGGAACAUCACCCCAGUGUGUACAAAUAUAUCCACAAGCCACAUCACAAAUGGAUUGUUCCUACGCCAUGGGCUGCGCUGGCUUUUCACCCGCUUGAUGGGUUUGUGCAGUCGUUGCCGUACCAUCUCUUCGUUUUCAUUUGCCCAAUGCAGAGGUAUCUGUACUUGGUCCUCUUCGUUGGUGUUCAGAUCUGGACCAUCUUCAUUCACGACGGCGACAUGAUUACGGGCCAUUGGACAGAGAAGUUUAUCAACAGUCCCGCACACCACACAUUACAUCACAUGUACUUCACAGUCAACUAUGGACAGUACUUCACCUGGGCCGACACCUACUUCGGCUCACAUAGGGCACCGGAGCCAUCGCUGGAUCCUAUUCAUGACGCCCUCAAAGUUAUGCGGGCGAAAGGACUUGUGGAUGAGCAGGGCAACCCUAUCAAACACACCAAAAGCGAGUAA